AUGAGUGCGGCGUAUGGGAAGACCGCUGCGACAGCGGCGAGAAAGGAGGGAGACAGCGACGAGAAGACGGAUAUGGCGGCAUGGGCGUUAGGAGCAUCCGCAUGCGCUGUGUGGUGCUUCGUCGAGAACGGCGAUGCCAAGGUGGAGGAUGCUGUGGAGGAAGGGAAGGCGGCGGCGCUUUUGGGCGGAGCGAGCCAGCAGACCGCCGAUGUAUUCGGCAAAGUCAUGGAGGCGGUGCUGAACGCCGAGAUCAACAGGGACCGCCCCCUGGGAGAGGUUGCUUACAACGUCGCGCCAGCACUCCAGAGGACCGCCCUUGAUAGGGCUUAUCCUGGGGGGAAUGCUGGAGUCGAUGCCGUGGUGAUCGCAAGAGCGACGGUCGAGACGAUGGCGUUCUGGGGAAUGUGCCCCGUCGCCGGGCCGAAACUCAAAGCGAGGGGCAUCGCGGUGCCGAUUGACGCGCAGAUGAAGGCUGACCUCGACAACAGGGGGAGGAAGGGUCAGAGGGGCAAGAAGGGGACGAAGGCCAAGGGCGGCACGGGGAAGAAGGGGACGAAGGCCAAGGACAGCGCGGGGAAGAAGGGCCAGAAGGCCAAGGACAGCGCGGGGAAGAAGGGCCCGAAGGCGAAGAAGGCCAAGGACAGCAGGGCGGCGUAG